CCUAUAAACAAAUCUCCCUCCCUCUCUCUCUCAACCUCCCUCCCUCUCUCUCUCAAAUAACAGCCUAUAAACAAAUCUCUCUCUCUCUCUCUCUAGACGCUUACAUCAAUGGCAUCAAACAGUUCAUAUGAAACGUCAUGGGCUGAUCAAUGGGAUCCAGAGCCCAUGUACAAUUACGACAGCAACACCAAAACUGGUGGUUCUUCCAAAUAUUCCAGCAAGGUCGGCGACAAGUUUGAUAAAUCAAAGGCGGUGGCUAUCACUGGCAUGAAGAAAAUGAAGACUGGCGGUUCGGCGGCCAUCACCGGCAUGAGGAAAGUGAAGACCGGCGCCACCACUGGUUUUCACUGGAUCAAAGAAAAGUAUCAAAAGAGAACACAAAAGCAUUAGGAAAUGUUAAUGGAAGAAAAGUUUGUUACAAGCGCAUAGUAUAGUAUAGUUUACCUUGUUAUAUAUAUAUCAUUUUUAUGUUAAUUUGUAUUAAAAUUUA